AUGCGCGGCACAUCCAAGGGCCCGGCUCCAUCGCGUAGGUGGCUUCUCCGCUCCGAUCAAGUAUCGCCGCCUUAUCCUUAUGAUGAUGAUGACGACGAUGUGUGGUCCUCGAAAAUAUACAAGAUGGCCACCGCAGAGAAAACAAAAGAACAGCAAAAAGAGCCCAUCCUCCAGCAAGACGAUUAUUCAGAUGACUACUCGGACGACUACUCCGACGAAGACUACGAAACCGAUGACUACGAGGUCUCCGGUGAUGAAGCAGAAGCAGAGGAUCCCAAGAAUCAGGUGAAACAUCGUCAGCGCCAACAACAACAACAACGAAGCAGACAACCAGACGCCGUAGAAGAAGCAGAUGACGAGGACUACUCCGACGAAGAUGACUAUUACUCUGAUGAAUACGAUGACGAGGAUGAAGACUACGACAACCAAGUCGCCUCUGGCAAGGCAAUGCAGCCAUACCAACCUGCCGGCGGCAACCAGUCCCUCUCUCAGAACGGAUCAAUGAACGUGAUACCGCAGGAGAAGCAGGGGUCGAGUCUGGACGACGAAGAAGGGAUGAAGCUCAAGUUGGAGCUGAAUCUCGAGAUCGAGGUCGAGCUCAAGGCUCAUAUCCACGGUGAUCUGACUCUGGCUUUGAUGUAUGUUACUCCCUUGUUGCCACCUGACAUUCCGUUCACCCGCUCAAUUCGAAUAGGAGUUGACCCUCGAUGCAGUGCAUAA